AUGGAAAAUAUUUUCACGACAUCGCAACCUUUUUUAAAGCUCGCUGCAGUAAUUGGAGUUUUUCCGAUGACAUUUCAUGGACCCUCGAGGAAAGGCGAGCUCAAGACUAAAUGGUGGAAUGUCGUAAUAUCGAUUACUGUGUUUACAACAUUAGUCAUUUUUAUAUUCCUUCAAACAAUGACAAGUACAACUUCUAAAUUGCCAUCAAAAAUCUCUUCAAACGCAUGGUACACUUUAUUUAAUUUGGAAUUUAUAGGACAUUUAAUUCUUUACAUUGGUCAAUGUUAUCGACGAAAUCAUGUAUUGGAGUUUUUGAAGUUGCUUCAGUCAUUUGAUGAUCGGUAUAUUCAAUUAAGCUGUGUUGAGUUUAAUUAUCGGCGUCAAAGAAUGCUAGUGACUAGUACAACGUGGUUUAUUGUGAUUACAGCAAUUUCUAUGAGCGCUCUCGCUCCACUUUACUGGCUUUGUAAAAAUAAGCCCGAACUCAUCAACUAUGGAAUAUCGGCAACAUUUCUGUUAUCAAAUCUUUUGAAAAUGUUUUAUGUCUCGCAAUUUUCGUUUGCUUGCACUGCAAUCACUUUAAGAUUCGAGUUUAUGAAGAAAUGCAUCGAAACUCCAACUAAAAAUGCUUUCAUAAGCUGUGUGACUGCAUUCAAAUGUUGA